CUGGGUAAUGUAGUUCUUUGUGGUCCGGGCGGGGGGAUGGCGGAGGCGGGGCAAGAGGCGGACUUCUCGUCCUCGCUUGCGUCAGUCUUGGGCACGGGGCGGGGCUGGAGGACUAAGAGCCACACCACGUCCUGCCCCGCCGGAAGUGAAGGUGCGGGUCCGGCUGUGGGCUCUGAGAGGCCCCUGCCCGGAUGGCAGCAGUAGUUCUAGGGGGAGACACCAUGGGCCCUGAGCGUAUCUUCCCCAAUCAGACUGAGGACUUAGGGCCACAUCAGGGUCCUACGGAAGGAACUGGGGAUUGGAGCAGUGAAGAGCCCGAGGAAGAGCAAGAGGAAACAGGAGCGGGCCCAGCAGGCUACUCCUACCAGCCCCUCAAUCAAGAUCCUGAACAAGAAGAGGUGGAGCUGGCACCAGUGGGUGAGGGAGAAGAUGGAGCUGCUGACAUCCAAGAUCGGAUCCAGGCCCUGGGGCUUCAUUUGCCAGACCCACCGUUAGAGAGUGAGGAUGAAGAUGAGGAGGGAGCUGCAGCAUUGAGCAGCCACAGCUCCAUCCCCAUGGAUCCAGAACACGUGGAGCUGGUGAAAAGGACGAUGGCAGGGAUAAGCCUGCCUGCGCCAGGGGUCCCUGCCUGGGCUCGGGAGAUAUCGGAUGCUCAGUGGGAAGAUGUGGUACAGAAAGCCCUCCAAGCCCGGCAGGCAUCCUCUGCCUGGAAGUAACCACAGAGAGCUGCCUCAUCUCCCUACACUCCAAGCCAGGACCAGCACAGGACUAACACAACUCUGGUUUUAACGUCCACCUUCCCAUGUCCCUCUUCACAAGGCGAAUCAGACCUCUCAGAGACCCACUUUAUUCAGUUCUGUACAGAUGGGGACAUUGGCCCAAGCCCAACCCACCUCAGCAUGUAUCACUCUGUGGAGAAUAAAGCACCCUAUGUACACAGCCAAAA